AUGGUCGAACCCUCGUAUACUGGACGCAAUCGAACGUCUGCUAAGGGCGGCCCAAGUGGCGUGCAACGGUCAUAUGCAUCAGAGUUCAGGGAGACAGAAGCACUCUUCAACAGUUACGAGCACCUUCAAGGACUUCAACGCGGUGAUGCUGCCCUCAAGAUGUUGCGCCAAGUCGCGUCACUUGUCAAGCCCAUCAUGCGGAAACGAGGUUGGAAGGUGCAAAUCCUGGCCGAAUUCCUGCCUGCCGAACAGAAUCUACUAGGCCUCAAUAUCAAUCGAGGGUACAAGAUCUGCAUACGUCUGCGCUAUCACAACAAUCCUGAUCUGUUUCUGCCAAUUGAGCAAGUCGUCGAUACGAUGCUUCACGAAUUGUCGCACAACGUAUGGGGCGAGCACGACAGUAAUUUCCAUCGAUUGUGGGAUGAACUACGCGACGAGCACGAGACUCUCAUUCGCAAAGGCUAUACAGGUGAAGGCUUCCUGUCAGAAGGUCACAAAGUGGGAGGUGUCGGCCGGCAUGGCAUACCGCCACCGCAUGAGAUGCGCCAACUCGCCAGAGCAAGCGCAGAGAAACGACAGUCACGCGGCACGCUCAGCAAAGGGUCUGGCCAACGGCUGGGUGGGACUCCACUGCAUGCACAUGGUGGCGACGUACGGUCUGUGAUCGCCAGCUCCGUCUUGCGGCGGAACACGGUUGACAGGGGUUGCGCGUCAGGGCGACAGGAUGCUACGGCGCUUGCUGAUCAAUCUGCCAACAGCACAUUCAAAACAAAGGCUGAAGAAGACGAUGCCAAUAAUCGAGCGAUAGCGCAAGCGCUGUUCGAACUGAUGGAGCAGGAAGAAGAGCGCAACAUUAGGAACGGCACCUUUUCUACUGCUCCCACAGGAGGCGGGCUUGCUUGGGACCCGAAGAAUGGACUGUACGAUCCUAGCAAGGCCAAGCCAUCGCCAGUCAGUCCACAGCAACCCAGUGAGGAAGAGCAGCUCAAGUGGGCCAUGGAGGCAAGUCUGGCAUCCGAGCAGCAUGAUCUCGGUCCAACUCAUGGCAUGUCACCUGUGUCGCCACUAUCGCCUGUGCAUCCGGCUCGGCCAAUAUCGCUGAACGAAAUCGCGGACACACCGGCCUCUUCAGUGCGCUCUGCCAGGUCAGCCACGAGAGCUUCUCACGAGGCAUUCGUAAUCAAGAUCGAAGACGAUGACGACGACGUGGCCGAACCAGCUACCUGUAUCACGGCCAACUCGAGCUCCCUUAGCGGCAGUGCGAGACAUACCACCACGUCAACAGACCUUGCGGUCACCCGUCGCGAUCGACAUAUCCGAGCCCUUCAACCCAGAUGA